UUGAUUCAAAGCUUAUAGUCCUUUUUUGCAUACCAUGUUUAGUCAAUUACCUACUUUGUAUCAUUUUGGGAGCCAAAAGAAAAUCUAUCUUGCAGAGGCUCCUGUGUCAUUUGUGAAAGUUUCCAAAAACACAACUCCAUCCUCCUUUUGCUGUCCCUGCUGCUCAUCGCAAAAUGAAUGAGGGUUUUGCCAAACAGAUUGUGUUGCUGGCAGGACUAAAAGCAUGAACAGUUCUUUGCCUUAAAAAAGAUCACUGAUUCUUACCAAUUAAAUACAUUUUGAUAUGUUCUCCUUACCCAUCAUCUCAGGACCUUACAGCCAUUACAUCUUUUUUUCUUGUUACAGUUAGAGCAGAGAUGGACCAGUCCUUCAUGUCACAUACUGAAAUGAGUUAGUGUUGACUGAUCCAGUUCAUCCACAUUCCAGGCAGGGAUCCCCAAACCUAUUACUAUUAAUCUGAAAGUGUUUUUCAAAUAAAUGUCAUUGAAGCAGGAAAAAAGGACUGCUCCAAGAGAAGCAGCUUCCCUCUCCUUUCCUUUCUUAAUUUUGGAUAUACAGUACUUAAUUAACAUCCAUUCUGUCCUAGUCAUUUUGCUGAGUGCUACGGGUCAUGAGUAGAGUACAAAGAAGAAUGAAGAAAGGUCAAAGCCAGAGUAGAGAAAGGGCUGUGCAAGCCAGAAUCAGUUCCUACACCUGUCUUGAAAUACAGUAACAUUGGGUAUAGGUCUUCAACAUAUGACUUAUGGGGAACACAACCCAGUCCAUAACAAUGCCCAUUGAUCAACAGCAAUAACAUGCAAUAGAGAGAAGUUAAAGUCAAAUGCCAUAGGCAUAGUAGUUAGUCAGAAGUUCAAAUCCAAAGCCUGCCACUUCCCAAUUGUGUUAACAUUGGUGAGUUUUCUUAACCUUAGUGCUUCCUUCCUUAGUAGAUGUAACAAGGACAAUAAGUAUCCUUUCUUCUAUGGCUAUCAUCAAGUAUUUUAUAUCUAAUUAGAAGGUAAAUUGAAAUGAGAAGCUACUAUUAGUUGUAGAUAAAUAGUUUCAAAGAUGUUGUUACUCUUCUUUCUAUGGCAGGCAUAGUAUUUUAGGAAUUGUGAGAAUCAAAUGUAAGAGAAAAGACAGAGGAAAUUAAAUGCUUACACUAUUUUUUCUUAAUGAAUUUAUUUUAUAUAAAUAUAGUUGUGAGGCUAGGCCUACACAGAGAAAGAUGCUUUAGAUUUCAGAAAUGUGUAGCUUAAUUCAUUCUUUAAAACAAAUCUUUACUGAGCAUUUAUUAUGUGUCAGAAAUUGUGCCAGGCAUUUUGGAGACAGCAGUGAGCAGAAAUCGCUAUUCUUGGGGAAUUUAUAUUCUAGAAUUAAAAUAUGUCACCUCCACUUCCAGAAUUGGGCAAAAUAAGGUCCAUCAAAUAGGGAAAAUAAAUUAAUUAAAAUAAAUUUACAACAUAAUACAAGUUGGCAUUACAUUGUUAUCAUGUGGUCAAAAGAUAGAUAGGCAUAAUACUAGCUCUGGGGCUGUAGGACUGGAUUCCACAAGUGCCACCCCAUCUCUGAAAUACAGGUUUGAGACCUGCCAUCCCUCACCAUUGCCCAGGCAGACUUUCCGCCCCGCCCUGCCUGGCUGCGCGUGUGGCACAGGAGGAAGCGCUGGCCUUAGGGUCCCUCAGGGCUGCGCUGCCACCACCAGCCUCUGACGUCCCGCGCCAGGUGCGCAGCCAGCGCGCAUUUUGAAGCGGCGCAGCAUACCCGGUAGCCAAGAGCAGGCCGGGAGCCCGACCCGCCGGUCCCAGAUCUUGCUGUCCUGAUCGCCAGAGUGAGAGUGACUCUGGCUUCAGCUGGUGUCUGCAAGCUCACGUCACCUGUUUGACAGCCUCCCACCAAAUCAGAGGGCAGCACUCGCCAGGAACCCCGAGCGUCACCAGCUCCCGCAGAUUAGAACUCGCCUCUCAUAGUUCCUCCCUUCAUUCCAUUUAAAGCUCCCACUGGCUUUAAGAAAAAGUUAAGUGUGAGCUCAGUUUCUUCAGCGCUUUCUUCCACUGCAAGAUGAACACCAUUCUGCCUUGCCAAGACCAGUAUUUUGCAGGAGACCAGAGUUGUAAUUGCUCGUAUUCCACUACACCGUCAGAAACUAGUGUUGACGUUUCCACGGAGACUUGGGUCUCUUUCUGGGCUGCUGGUCUCCUGGACAACAGUGAGCCCCAACAAGCACCACAGGCACGGGAGUCAUCUUCUAAUUCGAGUUUUCCUAUUCUGAACUCAUGUUCCUGGGAAGAAGCUCAGCUUUCCUCACAGCUCUACAGAAAUAAACAGCUCCAAGAUACUCUGGUUCAGAAGGAAGAAGAACUUGCUAGGCUACAUGAAGAGAAUAAUCACCUCAGACAAUACCUGAAUUCUACUUUGGUUAAAUGUCUUGAAGAAAAGGCCAAGAAAUUGUUGUCAUCAGAUGAGUUCUCCAAAGUGUGUGGAAAAUUCAGAAAGGGGAAGAGGAAACACAAAGAGCAGGGAUACUCUCCUGCUGAGAUUCCCUAUCCCAAAAAUGUCAAGAGAAACCUCUUUAGUGAGUUUGCUAACUGUGAAAAACCACCUGGGCCCCAUGUUGAUCCCUGGGUGCUUCAAACACUUGGAUUGAAAGACCUCAACACCAUUGAUGACACCUCAUCAGCUAACUACAGUGCCCUCUCCUCUCAUCCCAGAAGAGUGACUAGCACAUACUCCCAUUUUCCGAGUGAUGCCAUUGAUUAUGAAAAUGUCCCCAGAGAGGAUGUGCCAAUCAACUAUGGAGGUGAAAGAACAACCCCCUUGCACAGCACUGCCAGCCAUGAGGAAGACUUCCACUACUUUUCUCAACUUUCAAAUCCCCCAACAGAGGUGCAAACACUUCCAUAUCAUCCAGCUGAUGUGUCACCCAACAAGACAGAGAUGGCAUUUUCCACAUCCCUGAGUCCUCACUGUAAUGUCAAAACUCAUUCUUUCCACCAGGGACAAGCCUUUGUGUGUAGAGAUGAAGAAGGAGGCUGGAAGUUUACCUGGGUCCCUAAACAGCCUUAGUGACCCCUCUUGUAUCACAGAGCACUGCCAGGAACUCUGUUUACAAAGACCUCUCUUGCACUUGAACCUGACUAUGUGGAGCACAGAAGCUAUUGUCCAGACAAUCUUUAGCCACUUUAAAUGUUACUCUCAACUACCACUUAAAUUUGUAGGGAAUAGCUUCCAAGAAUCCAUGUGAGAGGCAUAUGCUCUUCCUCCACCUGAACUUGACUAGUUUGCACAUCAAGAUCUGCUAUCAACUUCUUCUCUUUGCCCUGUACUUGAAAAGGUGUUUUCCAGUCUUUUGUAGAUUUCUUCAAGACCUAGAUAUACUUUGCUUAUCAUGACCUGUUUAACACCUUUUGUUCUCUUGUCAAGUAGUUUAAAUAUGUAUGGUCUUUAUUUCUCUCCCUCUUGUACAUUUCUUUAUUUCUGAAAACUGCCUUUAGAAUGAGCCCUAUUUUUGCUUCAAGUACUUCCUCUUGGUUGUUUAAACUGCUACAGAUAGGGUAAAAGCAAGUGUCUGCCCAUCAUCACUGCUGAAGAUGUAUUGUGGAUAUGAGUAAAAGUAUGUCCAGGGCAGCUCAAAGAGUCAAGUGUUGCAGGGUGGCUUUGGCAAAACAUCUCUAAGACAGCUUCGACUCCACUGAUAAGCAAUACCACUGCAAAAUGACAAAAGUUAAAAAGAAUUAAAGUUACUUCAAAAUGUCCCAAUACCUGCUUCCAUUGGCACCUGGCCAUUGUUUCUUUAACUGACAUGGCUCAAAAAUGAUAUUUUUUGAGGAACUGUUACACAACAAAUCAUCAUCUUAAACUGCACAGAUGCUGGCAAACUCAUCACUAGCCCAGGUCUGACAAUGUCACAUUCAUUCCUUCUGUCAGUCAUGUAUUCAUGCAAUUCACCUAAAAUAUCUACAGAAUACCUCAUGCUCACUUUGUAACAGGCAUUGUAAUUUGAAAUGGUGAUAAAAUGUGAGCAGAUUGGGCCCUGUGCCCACACUCAUGAGACCAAGAGCCAUUCAUCUGCUGUCAUCCCUGACAAAGCUAUUUCCCUUGUAUGAAAAUUCAAUUUUCCCAGCUGUGGAAUACAGAACUUGAUUAGAUAACUUCUAACAUUCUAUGAAUGAAGGCUGGAUCCCAUCAGCUUUAUUUCUAUUUGGUCAUUCAAGGCCAUUUUUCCCUUAGAUAGGUACUGCAUAUACUAGGUAGGGUGAACUUUAUCUGCAAUGGAAAAAAUAGAAAAAUAAAUGAGUCAUUUGUAAUGAGCAUUAGAAAUCAUUUCUCUGAUUACAGGAUUCUUUUUUCCAGCAUGAGCCCACUUUGCAGGUUGAUUCAGUCUGUGUGAGAGUAACCUCUAUCUGAAAAAAGAUACAUUUUAAUUUGUAAGUAAAUGUGAAUAGAUUGAAUGCAAGCAUGAUAUCAAAGAUCUCCUAAAUUUUUUAAGAAUAUUUUUGGGGCUGGGGAUGUGGCUCAAGUGGUAGCGCGCUCGCCUGGCAUGCGUGCAGCCCGGGUUCGAUCCUCA